AUGUUGAGUAUCUAUCUUCUUUAUAUUCUACUGGCAUUCUCAUGGCUUCAUACCUUACAGUCUGCUCAAGACGGUAAAGACGAUCAAAUCGCGGUGGAAGAAUCAAAGAGCUCAAACCGUAUGAAAAGAUUCCGCUUGAAAAAUGCGGGCUACGAUGGUAAAGCUAUGACUUCAAUUCGCACAGCUAAAAGGUAUAUUCGAGAAGGUAAAUUUACAGACUAUCAUGAAGCUUUGAAACAUGCCGAAAAAGAUUUCACAGAGAAAAAACGUGAACAGAAGGCGCGAGAGAUGGCAAAGAAAAAAGCUCUUGGGAUACCUCGUAUUACGAAGAAGAGAAACUAUGUAAGAGAUCAAUCUAAAGAACAUAUCAUUACCGCUCGAGUGAUAAAAAUGGUCGGACGUGAUACUGAUUUAGAAAAGAUCAAGGAAGCAAAAGCAAUUGUUGAGGCGGAGUUCCGACGACAGAAAAGGGUCAAUGCUGCUCGAGCAGCACAUAAGAAGAAAGCACUUGCUGAAACACAAAAGGAGAAAACAUACGACGAAGCAUAA